AUGGCCCAAACUUUCGAGGAUUACUUCUCUAUUCAGGCGUUUCUCAUCGUCUUGAGAGAAACUUUGGAACUGGCAAUCAUUAUCUCGGUAUUGCUUGCCUUUCUCCACCAAAGUUUCAAGAGCGGAAACUUUACCUCCACGCCAGACAAAAAGAAACAUCGUAAUGGAUCAUACAGAAGUACGUCUGAAGCCUUACUUGUACCAGAAGGUUCCUCUUCUAGUGCCGAAGAAGAGCAACAAGAAGUAGAUACUGAUAGCAUAUACCGUUAUUUGAAGCUCCAGAUAUGGGUAGGUGGAUUCUUGGGUCUUGUAGUAUGCUUACUAGUGGGAACUGUAAUCUUGGGAGUCUUCUACAUCUUGGGACAAGAUCUUUGGGCAGUAGCAGAGCAUUACUGGGAGGGUACAUUUUCCAUUUUGGCUAGUAUCAUCAUUUCAAUCAUGGGAAUCAAGAUCCUUCGUAUCAACAAGAUGCAAGAGAAAUGGAAGUAUAAGUUGUCAACAUUGAUUCAUAACUCAGACUACUUAAACAAGGCUGUGAGGGGACAUAGGGAAAGGAACAACUUGAACAUAGAGAACCAAACCUGGUCUUCCAAGUUGGCAUUAUGGUCCGAAAAGUACUCCAUGUUUAUCUUGCCCUUCGUCACCACCUUGAGAGAAGGUAUGGAAGCCAUCGUCUUUAUUGGUGGUAUUGGUAUCAACGAAAACACUUCCUUGGUAGCACUUGUAAACUCAGUUGUUCUUGCUAUCAUCAUUGGAAGUUUCAUUGGUGUGUUAUUAUACAGAUCAGGAAACACCUUGUCUUUGCAAUGGUUCUUGAUCACUUCGACAUGCUUUUUGUACUUGGUGGCAGCAGGCUUGUUCUCCAAGGGAAUCUGGAAUUUCGAAUUACAACACUUCAUCAAUCUUUGUGAUGGAUUUGAUGUCAGCGAAACUGGACAUGGUCCUGGUUCGUAUGAUAUAGCUACCAGCGUUUGGCAUGUCAACUGCUGCAACGGAGAAUUGCAAGAUGAUGGCGCAUUUUGGAUGAUGUUCACAGCCGUUUUUGGAUGGACUAACUCAGCCACUUACGGAAGCGUCAUUGGAUACAAUUUGUACUGGUUAGUAGUCAUAAUUACCUUCACUUCAUUAUUGUUCGAAGAGAAGUACGGAAGAUUACCGUUGAUCCCGGUAGAAUGGCAGCAGAGGAGAAUAAACAAGAGGUUAAGCGCAUACCAGCCAUUAACCGUCCCUGAAGCCGCAGUUCUUGAUACCAUCCGGGAAAGCCUUGACAGCGUUAGCUCCGAAACUCCCUUGAACCAGUAG